AUGGAGUUGUCGGCGAUCGAGCUCGUUUUUUGGAAGCCGGAGCUCGUGUUGUUUUGCAAGAGAUCCUUGCCGGUGAUCGAGCUCUUGAUGGUGUUCGAGGAGCAGCUCUGGCUGGUGAUUGAGGAGCUCUGGCUGGAGAACGAGGAGCUCUGGCUGGUGAUCGGGGAGCUCUUGCUGGCGCACGAGGAGCUCUGGCUGGUGAUCGAGGAGCUCUGGCUGGAGAACGAGGAGCUCUGGCUGGUGAUCGAGGAGCUCUGGCUGGAGAACGAGGAGCUCUGGCUGGUGAUCGAGGAGCUCUGGCUGGUGAUCGAGGAGCUCUGGCUGGUGAUCGAGGAGCUCUGGCUGGUGAUCGAGAUCGAUCAUCUCUAG